UUGAUCCGAUUGCAAUGGAAACCUCAGUGGGAAUCUUUGUUGCAUUUCUUGGUCUUGCAGCCUCAACAGUUCAAUCUGCACCAGCUCAAGAAUAUUUCAGCCAACAUUAUAAAGACGCUCAAAGACAAGAAAAUGAAACGCAGUCAGACGCCAUGCUGACUUCCCGUAACACCACAACAGGAUCAAACAUUUCUCGUGGGCAACUGAUCGGCAUCGUUGUCGGCGUCGUUGUUGCUGCGCUCAUAGUCACCGUUUCUUGUGCUGUUAUGGCAGGUCUCAGUAAUUCUUGGGCAACAUUUUUUCAAUCGCAGUUCUUCCGGUACGAAUCUGCCGCCUUCAGCCUGAGCUGCGACCUGCAGGAAGACGCUGCUGCAUGGACAAUAAAAAGGAACACGUCCAAACAAAUCAAUUCACUUUGUCCUGCAUACACUGCUGGAAGGAACGACUCUGCAUGCCUUUUAACUGAGCUUUAUGAAAUGGACUCUGGAGUGUACUGGUGUGAAUCAGAGGCUGGGAAGAUCAGCAACACCAUCAACAUCACUGUUACUGACGGUGAGAUCCUCCUGGAGAUCCCAGCUCUUCCAGUGAUGGAAGGAGACGAUGUGGUUCUGCGAUGUAGAACGAGGGGAACAUUAUCUGGAAAUAUUUCAUCUGCGUUUUAUAAAGACGAGCUUCUCAUUGGGGAAAGCGUGAGAGGAAGCAUAACUCUACAGAGGGUUUCUAAAUCCGACCAAGGACUCUACAAGUGCCACGUAUCUGGAGUUGGAGAAUCACCAGACAGUUUUCUGACUGUCAGAGGAUUUCCUGAAUCGCCGCCGUCACUACCUGGAAACAUUGCACUUCUUGUGAUGGUCACUGGAGUUUCAUUAUUUCUAGUGAUGUUGCUCUGUCUAUGGAGAAACCAUCCCGACAAUUAUGACUCUUCUGUUGUGAUUUAUAGUGGAGAAAUCAACAGACAAACACAGAGAGCAACAGAUGAUCUCCAGAGGGGGCGCCACUCUGCACUGGUCACUGUGGUCGUGUACAGACCGGCCCACGGACCGGCCCUGAAACCGGCCCUGAAACCGGCCCUGAAACCGGCCAGAUGGUCACCAGAGGUCACCAGUGGUCACCAGAGGUCACCAGUGGACAUCAGUGGUCACCAGUGGACACCAGUGGUCACCAGAGGACACCAGUGGUCACCAGUGGUCACCAGUGGUCACCAGUGGACACCAGUGGUCACCAGUGGACACCAGUGGUCACCAGUGGACACCAGUGGUCACCAGUGGUCACCAGUGGUCACCACAUUGUUUUUUUUUGCAGAGUUGUUUCUCACCUGUGAUGAUCUGAUGCAGGACGCUGAGUCAGCAGUCUGGAAACACUGA